AUGAAGGUGCCACACCUGUCCCCAAGAGGUGCCACCGUGCCCGACUCUCCGCCGUGUCCCCCGGGCCAGCGGGCUCUCGGGGACGCCGCGGGUGUCACCUGCGUCCCCGAGGGUGACGAGGACAGGAUCAUCGGGGGGUACCCGUGUGUCCCCAUGUCCCAGCCCUGGCAGGUGCUGCUCUACGGCUCCCUGCGCUGCGGCGGCGUCCUGGUGCGGCCGCAGUGGGUGCUGACCGCUGCCCACUGCAACCAGAGGGGUAUCCGCGUCCGUCUGGGCGAGGACGACCUCCGCCGUCGCGAGGGGACGGAGCAGGAGCGGCGGGUGACGCUGGCCCUGUCCCACCCCCGCUUCAACCCCACCACGCUGGACGCCGACCUGGCCCUGCUGAAACUGGACCGGCCGGCGCAGCUCGGCCGCAGCGUCCGGCCGCUGGCGCUGCCCCGAGCCUGCGGCCGGCCCGGAGAGUCCUGCCUGCUGUCCGGCUGGGGGACGGUCACCACGCCGCAGGUGACGCUCCCGAGCCGCCUGAUCUGCGCCUACGUGCAGCUGCUGUCGGACGCGGCGUGCCGCCGGGCGUACCCGCGGCGCAUCACUCCCAGCAUGUUCUGCGCCGGCGUCAGCAACCAGCGCAUCGACUCGUGCCAGGGUGACUCCGGGGGUCCCCUGUCCUGCAAUGGGACCCUGCAGGGCAUCGUGUCCUGGGGGCUGCAGACCUGCGCCCUGCCCGGCCACCCCGGGGUCUACACCAGGGUCUGCAGCUUCACCUCCUGGAUCCUGGACACCAUGAACCGCAACUAGGGGACAUCCGGGACACCUUGGGGACAUCGGGGACACCUUGGGGACAUCGUGGAGGCAUCACAAAAACAUCACAGGGACAGCUUGGGGAUGUGGGGACAUCAGGAACAUCACAGGAACAUCACAGGAACAUCACAGGAACAUGGGGACACCAUGGGGACACCACGGGGACAUCACAGGAACACCUCAGGGACACCUUGUGGACAUGAGAACACCAUGGAAACAUCACAGGGACACCUCGGGGACAUGGGGACAUCAUGGGGACACCUCGGGGACAUUGGG